CUCCAGACUCAAGUUGUUUAUCUGAUGGAUUGAUUUCAAUGCGGUAGCUGCAUAGUGUAUGGGAUUGUACUAUAUUGGUGUCUGCUUUUACUUGCGAGGAAUUUACUGCGGCUACCUACUCUAUUGCUGAUAUACCUUCUGCAUAGGGUGCUGAAAUUUUCUGUUGUUAAACAGCAAGGGUUGAGUGGCUGAAAGUAACAUGGAGAAUACUCUCAAGGUGACACCACUUGCUGUUGAACCCUCGCCCACGGAUUGAGAAAUACGAUGGCAAAUUCUUCGGGAGCUACAAGGAGCUGUUGAGUAUGUAGAAAGCUUAAGAGGUGCAACAGUGGAGCCAUUUGGAUCAUUUGUGUCAGAACUCUUUACCCGGUGGGGAGACUUGGAUGUUUCAAUUGAGUUCUCUAAAGGCUCAUAUAUUUCUUCUUAUGGGAAGAAGCACACAAAAGAUGUACCAAGAGAUGUGAUGAAGGCUAUGAGAGUGAGGUGGAUGGAACAUGUGUCAAUUCAUACCUCAAUCAAGAGUUCCCAUUCUGUUGGUCAAAAGCAAACUUAACGACAUCUCCUGUGAUAUUUCAGUCAAUAACCUGAAAGCCCAAAUGAAAUCGAAACUUUUGUUAUGGAUCAAUGAUAUAGACCCACACUUUCAUGAUAUGGUUUUACUGGUGAAGGAAUGGGCAAAAGCACACAAUAUCAAUAAUUCAAAAUUUGGGACUUUCAAUUCAUACUCUCUGAGUUUGCUUGUAGUCUUCCAUUUUCAGACCUGUGCACCUGCCAUUCUACCACCUCUUCCAAGACAUAUAUCGAGAAACUCUUCACGGAUGAUCUUCAAGGUUAACUCAAUCGGCAUCAAGGUGUUGGAAUUUUGUUCUCAUUUUAGAAAGCCUACUGCACCCCUUCCUGCUGCAAUUGUUGCUUGUGUUCCAAAGAAGCUUGAGGUUCCAAAAGAAUUGAUAUCUUCAUUGCAGUUACAGGAUUUGAGGCAGGAGCGCAUGCCAUCGUUUAUCACCUGUAGCCCUGAAACAAGUAUGACAAAAAUUUAUGACAAAGAAACAGGGAUCACUAGAGCUCGUCUUUCAAAUGGAAUUUCUGUAAACUACAAGAUUUCAAAAAGUGAGGCUCGGGGAGGUUUGAUGAGGCUCAUAGUCGGUGGUGGAUGUGCUACUGAAAGUUCUGAAUCAAAAGGUUCUGUUGUUGUGGGUGUAAGAACUCUUAGCGAGGCAGGUCGUGUUGGCAACUUUUCAAGGGAGCAGGUAUGCAGUUUACUUGAAUUUGAUUUGUGAAUAAAUUUGUCCAAUACUAUUCAAUGUAGGAAAAGAUUCUUUCCUCUUCAAUAAUGCAUUAUAUUGUAUCUUGAGAUAGGUUCUUGUUAAAUGAAUUAGCUAUCACAAAGUGUAAUCAUGUGAAAUAUAUUUCACAUCUCACAAGUAAAAACAAACUUGUCUUUGCUCUGGGUUUAGGCAUCAGUGUCUUGUUGUUCUGUUUUGCGUUGAUGAGCUUCUUUCUUUUGAUAAACAAACUUGUGUUUCUUAUAGG